AGAUUGAUGACGAAGAUGCCUUCCGGUCGGGAGGGAGGAGGUGACGUCGAGAGCGGUGGCGGGCGGGGUCCUCCUGUAGCCCUGGGGACGUUGUAUCUGUGGGCCUUCAGAUCGCGUCACAAGUCAGCGACUGAACCUUGGCUGUGGUGGCUGAGGCGGCGAAGGCGGCAGCGGCGGCGACAGCUCUGGGGUUUGCGUCUCGGGGUGUGUCGGCCGCCGCUGCUGCUUCGGCUUGGUAUGUACAAAUGGCUGGUUAGGAUUCUCGGCACCAUUUUCCGCUUCUGUGACCGGCCGGUGCCCCCUGCCCGGGCCCUCCUGAAAAGGCGGCGCUCGAACAGCACUCUGUUUUCUGCAGUGGACACUGAUGAAAUACCGGCCAAAAGACCAAGAUUAGAUUGCUUUAUUCACCAAGUGAAAACCAGUCUCUACAAUGCUGCCAGCUUGUUUGGAUUCCCAUUCCAGCUGACCACGAAGCCCAUGGUAGCUUCUGCUUGUAACGGAACACGGAAUGCAGCCCCUUCAGGAGAGGUAUUUUCGAACUCUUCAUCUUGUGAACUGACAGGUUCUGGAUCCUGGAACAACAUGCUGAAACUGGGUAAUAAAUCUCCUAAUGGAAUAAGUGACUAUCCAAAGAUCAGAGUGACAGUAACUCGAGAUCAGCCUCGCAGAGUCCUGCCUUCCUUCAGUUUUACUUUGAACUCAGAAGGCUAUAAUAGAAGACCAGGUGGCCGCCGUCAUAGCAAAAGCAAUCCAGAGAGUUCCUUAACGUGGAAACCUCAGGAUCAGGUUGUAACAGAGAUGAUUACUGAAGAGGGUGGCAAGGGUCUGAGGCGUCCCCAUUGUACUGUGGAGGAGGGUGUUCAAAAAGAGGAAAGAGAGAAGUACCGAAGGUUACUGGAGAGACUCAAAGAAGGUGUUCAUGGAAACUCUGUUCCUCCUGUAGCUUCAACUCAUCACAGUUCUCAAAGAUGUCACGUGGAUACAUUAAAGACCAAAGGCUGGGGGGAAGAGCAAAGUCAUGGAGUCAGAACAACUCAGUUUGUUCCAAAACAAUAUAGAGCUGCUGAAACAAGGGGACCUCUAUGCCCAGUGAGGAGUGAAAAGAGAUGUUCAAAGGGGAAAAUUUUGGAUAUAGAGAAGACAGUUGGAAUCAGACUUGAAAAUGAAGGUAGAAGAGGACACCAACUGGAACCUGACCUGUCUGAAGAAGUGUCAGCCCGACUCUGCCUGGGCAGUGGAAGCAAUGGCUUAUUCAGGAGGAAAGUGUCAAUACUUGAGACAAAAGAAAAAAAUUGCUCAGGCAAAGAGCGGGAGAAAAGAAUGGAUGAUCUUCUUGAACUUACAGAGGACAUGGAAAAGGAAAUCAGUAAUGCCCUAGGCCAUGGCCCACAGGAUGAGGUCCUAAGUAGUGCUUUCAAAUUGCGAAUCACUCGAGGAGAUAUCCAGACCUUGAGGAACUUUCACUGGCUCAAUGAUGAAGUCAUUAAUUUUUACAUGAAUCUUCUGGUGGAAAGAAAUAAAAAGCAAGGCUAUCCAGUACUCCAUGCAUUCAGUACUUUCUUCUAUCCCAAAUUAAAGUCUGGGGGUUACCAAGCAGUGAAAAGAUGGACCAAAGGGGUCAAUCUCUUUGAACAGGAACUAAUUCUGGUACCUAUUCAUCGGAAGGUACAUUGGAGCUUGGUGGUGAUAGACCUACGAAAAAAGUGUCUUAAAUAUCUGGAUUCUAUGGGACAAAAGGGCAACAGGAUCUGUGAGAUUCUCCUUCAGUAUUUACAGGAUGAAAGUAAGACCAAAAGAAAUGUUGACCUGAGUCUUUUAGAGUGGACGCACUACAGCAUGAAGCCCCACGAGAUUCCUCAACAGUUGAAUGGGAGUGAUUGUGGAAUGUUUACUUGUAAAUAUGCAGAUUAUAUGUCUAGGGACAAACCUAUCACAUUUACUCAGCACCAGAUGCCUCUCUUCCGGAAGAAGAUGGUGUGGGAAAUCCUUCAUCAGCAGUUGCUGUGAGAAUGCCCUGCCCAGUCCCUUAGCUGCUGGUGAUUCUUUCAUGGACGAACGUUUUCAUAUACCUCAUGCACUGUGGGUUAAAAAGUCCCUGCAUCACCUGCUCUCUCACAGGCACUGAGCUGUCAGACAUGCAUGAAGGCCCUGCACCCAGUGUCCUGACUUGGUAUGCGGAGGGCUGCUUGCAACCCUGUUUGUAAGACUGUGCCUGCCCAGAGCCCUGGACUGUUCAACCCACAUAGGAACAAACGCUAAUUAAUACUUUUUUAAAAGAUUUUUUCCCCUGUGAAUGUGGAAAAUGCAGGAUUUAUUCUAUGAGUUGUUGUUUUCCGUGUUUGUCACGUGUAUUUGUUCGCUCACUCAUCUGCAGAUGUAACGGGCAGUGGCUGUUUUGUGCUGCCCUUUUAGAGUUAACUUUGAAUUACUUGUUUGAACUAUUUAUUUCUGAAAAGAAUGUUAAUCAAGCUGCCACUCCCUGCUGAUGUGGAGGGAGGGAAAUCAGUGGGGGAGGAAGGAAGUGUUAAUUAACAUCUCUAACGCUAGAGCGGGAACUGCCCACUUGAAGCUGGAGGUCUAUUUUUUUGAGGCUUGAAAAUGCCAGGAGAAGCGCUGGGGUUAGGGCUCCGAUUGCCUGUCGGCGGAAGCCUGACACUCCGGCAUUGGCAUGGUGUGGAAAAGUGGAACUGUGGCCAAGGAACUUUGGCUACCCAGGCAUCUUCAGAAGAGUGUCAUGGUCAUCUAAAGAGACUUUCCUUUCUGGAAAUGAGGUGACUGCUACUCUUGAAACUGGAUUUGAAGUAACUAAGCCCUAAAUCUUCAUUUUCGUCCCAGAUCUGGUUGAGUAUAAACCUCAGAAUUGUAAGGGCUGGCCUCAGCUGUUUAUUUCAAAAGAUACGAUUCAAUUUAAAGCUAUUUUUCCUCAAAGUUUUUUUUUUUAUAUAUAUAUAGAAAGCUGAAAUUACGUUUUGUAUUCAUUAGGAUUUACACACCCUCCCCCCCAUUCCACCCCUACUGAAAUUUGUGGAAGAAGAUUUAGUACUUGGCUCUGAGGUUACCAGUUAUACAAUAAUCUAUUUUGCAUAUGAAAGUUUGUAUUCAACUUUUUUGUUCAUUAAAAACUUUACAGUGGUUACGCAUUUUUAAUUUCAGAAAGUUUAGAGUUGGUCAGAACAUAUUUUGCAAGAUCUAGUGCCUAGUGUUGCUUUUCCGAUGUAAUAAAAGGUUGCCUGGCAGAACCUGAAAA